UCAUACAAAAUAACGAACCCAAUAAAAUCAAAAUUCUAGAGCGUCAUUUAGCGAUAUAGUAUAAUCGAAACAAUCACUAUAAAUUUUGACAAAAGGAGUAACAAAAAGUAGGAAUAAUGGGGUCAUUGAAUUCCAGAAUCCAUACAAUAAUGGGAUUACAUUGUUGUCAGUAGAAAAAAAAAAAAAACAGAGCUCUUAUUACAACCAGUCCUACUCCACAAAAAAUGACAUGACAAUCUUUCACAAAUCAUAAUCAUAUGAUAUCAAACCAAUACUGCAAUACAUUUACAUUUACAUUUUACAUUUACUACCCUGAAUUUCAUAACUUUAUUCAAACAAACAUGAAACACCCAUAAUUUCAUUUUCUUCCCACAGAAACAAAAACAAGAGAGAGAAACAGGGGUAAAAAAAAAUGGAGAUUCCGGUGCCGGAAAACGGCGAAAGAUGCCGGAGAAGAGGAACUCCUAACUGGAGGUGUCGUGAAAUAGCACUUCCAGGAAGAUCAUACUGUAAAAAACAUUACUUUCUAAGCAUUACCCGUCAAAGUCGCCGGAAAAGUUCAUCUGGAGUAGAGAGAGAAAGAUUUUCCGGCGAGAAUUCCGGCGAUGUUAUUGAGCCAUAUCGUCCAGUUAUUGAUUUUGGUUUUGAAGAAAACCCAGUUUUGGGAAUUGACUAUAACACCCUUAGUGGUGGUGAGGGAAGUAGUGAGAAGCCGGUUUGGACCGGUGGUGAACCGGGUUUAAUGGAAAAAGACGGAAUUACCCUUGGUAAGAUAGAUGUGGGUUUUAAGGAAUUGAUGGAGAGUAUGUGUGAUGAUGACUUUAAUGCCCUUGAGGGUUUGAGUGGAAAUGACUAUAAUACCCUUGGAGGAGGUGGAGGAGGAGGUGAGUGUAUAAAAAGUGAGGGAAUUGGGGAUGGGGAGGUGUUUAAGCUGUUAGAAAUGGGUGGGAAAAUCGAGAUAAAUGAGAAUUCUGUUAAAGAUGUAAUCUUUGGUAGUAAACAAGAAAGUGUGGGGAAUUUUGUGAAAAGUUGUGAAGGAAUAAUGGUGUGUGAGGGGCAAAAAAGGAAAAGGGGUCGUCCCAAAGGGUCUAAGAACAAGAAAAAGAUUGUUCAUCAUGAUCAUGAUCAUGAUCAUCAUCAUCAUCAUCAUGUUCAUGAUGAUGAUGGUCAUGAUGAUGUUAAAGAAUUAAGGGAUGAUGAUCAUGAUGAUAAUAAGGAUGAGUUUGAGAAUGUGGGUGGAGUUUUUGGUGGAAAUGAGGAUGUUGGGAAGAGGGUUAGGGAGUUAUUUGAGUCUGAUAGUGAACAAGAUGAUUGUUUUGAGGUCAAGAAAGAUGAAAUAUUUGAGGAAGAAACGAGGGUUCUUGAUGAAAAACUUGAUGAGAAUGAGAUGAUGAUGAUGAUGAUGCAAAAGAAGAAGCGAGGGAGACCUAAAGGGGUGAAAAACAAGCCAAAGAUGGGUGAAAAUGGUGGAGUUUGUGAUGAAUGGGGUAGUGUGGGUGUUGGGGGAGGAGUUGAAGGAGUUGAUGGUUGUGCAUUGGUGGGGAUUGAAUAUGAAAGUGGUUUGAAACGUUCAAAAAGGAGAAAUAAGGAUGUGAUUGUGGUUGCUGAGGUUGGAGGAGGAUUGGAGAAGAAGGUGGAGAAGCGAGGCCGGCCUAAGGGUUCGAAAGCUGGGAGGAAGAAGGUAGUAAGGCGUGGAUGGCCCAAAGGUUCCAAGAAUGAAAUGAAGGAUGUGAUAGUGGUUGUUGAAGGAGAAUUGGAGAAGAAGGUUGAGAAGCGAGGCCGGAAAAAGGGAUUGAAGGCCGAAGGGAAGAAGGUAGAGAGGCGUGGACGCCCCAAAGGUUCCAAGAAGGAUGUGAUAGUGGUUGUUGAGGUUGCAGGAGAACUGGAGAAGAAGGAAGAGAAGGGAUGCCGGGAAAAGGGUUCGAAAGCUGAAGGGAAGAAGGUAGAGAGGCGUGGGCGCCCCAAAGGCUCCAAGAAGGAUGUGAUUGUGGUUGCUGAGGUUGGGAAGAAGGUAGAGAGGCGUGGGCGGCCCAAGGGUUCGAAGUCUAAAAAGAGUGUAAAUGUGGGUAGUGAUAGGCAAUUAAGAGGUUCAAAGAAGAGGAAGAAAUGUGAAGGGGCAGGGGUUUGUGGGGAAGGUACAGAACAAAUGAGUGAGACAAGUAGUGAAGUAAUGGAGGUUUUGAGGAAUCAUCCUAGAGAACUUGAUGGUGCUAAAGAAAUGGUUCUUGAAACUGUGAAUGAUGAAAGUUUUAGGGGUACUAAUGAUCUUAAAACGCGCUUUUCUAGGAAAAGAAAGAAGCGUGGACGACCUAAAGGUUCAAGAAAUGGAAGAUCAAUUCUUGUUGAUGGUGUCCUUCACAAAGUUAUUAGUUUACCAAAUGGAGGAAGGAGCUUGGUUGUGCAAAAAGAUAUUGGCCUUGUGGAAUUAUCACAUUGUGGAAUGAAAAAUGUUGAUGAUGGUGAAAUGUUACAUGAAUCAAUAAAUGGAGAUAUGAGACCUUGUAGAAAGACCUCUAACUACCAGUUGAGAGCAAGACAUACUCCAGAGGGCGCCAAUGCUUCGAUGCAGAGUUCAAUGUGUCACCAGUGCCUCAAUUCCGAGAAAAACGAUGUUAUUGCUUGCUCACAUUGCAAAAAGAAACGUUAUUGUUUCCCAUGCCUUUUAAAGUGGUAUCCUGAAAGAACAAGGAAGGAAGUGCAGGAGGCAUGUCCUUUCUGCCUUGGGAAUUGCAAUUGCAAAACAUGCCUCCAGGAGAAGCUAGUUAUGAAGGACAGACAAAAAGACCUUGAUAGAAAGGCCAGACUAGAGAGGCUUCUGUACUUGAUGCGCAAACUUAAUCCUCUUCUAAAGCAUAUACAAGAGGAGCAGAGAGCUGAGCUAGAAGUGGAAGCUAGAACAUGUGGAAAAACAGUUAAAGAAGAGGAUAUAUCAAAGAUUAGACUUGAUCAAGAUGAUCGUAUAUACUGUGAUAACUGCAACACAUCCAUUGUAAAUUUCCACAGAAGCUGCCCCAGUUCUGUUUGCUCUUAUGAUCUCUGCCUAUCCUGUUGUCAAGAACUGAGAGCAGGUCUGAGGUCUGAUGGUCUUGAAGCUGGAUCUUCAUGUCGAGUUAUAGGAGGUUCAUUAUGUCAUGGUAUAAUGGAAGAUAAACAGAAUCAUAAUGCUGAUAAAAUGAGGGACACCGGAGUGUCUACUGUUACUAAUGAUAUACCCUCUGCAGUUGGCUGGAAAUCAAAUUUGGACGGUGGCAUUCUUUGUCCUCCAAAAGGAUGUGAUGGUUGCGGAGUUCACAAUCUUGAACUAAGACGCAUAUUUGAACCUGAUUGGGUAGACACACUGAUUGAAAGCGUUGAAGAGGUCACUCUUGAUUAUCAUUUAUCAGAAACAGAUUCUAGUCAGUCUUGUCGCACCUGCCUCCUUACUUCUUCAGGUGAUCAAAGAAGUGCCUCCGAAACAAGAAAGGCGGCUUCAAGGGAAAAGAUGCAUGAUAAUUUUCUUUUCUGUCCGAGUGCUAUAAACAUUGAUAACCUUCAAAUAGACCAUUUCCAAAUGCAUUGGACGCGAGGGGAACCUGUUAUUGUGAGAAAUGUCUUACAAGAAGGAUCUGGUCUGAGUUGGGAACCAAUGGUGAUGUGGAGGGCUUUUAGAGGAGCCAAAAAGAUAAUGAAGGAGGACACACUUAAUGUGAAGGCCAUCGAUUGUUUGGACUGGUGUGAGGUAGAGAUUGAUAUAUAUAAUUUCUUCAAGGGGUAUUUGCAUGGUCGGAAGCAUUGUAAUGGUUGGCCAGAGAUCUUGAAACUGAAGGAUUGGCCUGCUUCAAAUUCAUUCGAGGAAUGCUUGCCAAGGCACUUUGCUGAGUUUAUUAUGAUGCUUCCUUAUAGUGACUAUACUCAUCCUGAAUGUGGUAUUCUCAAUCUUGUUACAAAACUUCCUGAUGGUGCUCGGAAGCCAGAUCUGGGGCCAAAAACAUACAUAGCUUACGGUCUUGUAGACGAGCUUGGCAGGGGUGACUCUGUAACGAAACUCCAUUGUGAUAUUUCUGAUGCGGUUAAUGUGUUGAUGCAUGCAACAAAGGUUGAUGUUGGCUCAUGCCAGCAGCAGGUCAUAUGCAAGUUGCAAAAAAAUUAUGAAGCUGAACUGUCAUUUUCUUCAGAUAGAUUGAGCAAUGAUACUGCAAAAAUCUGCAAUGUUGGACUCAACUAUUCUGCUAAGGAGUUCCCCUCGGCUGAUGGAGCUGAUGCUAAAAGCACUCUUAGCCAGUCAUCAGAAAUAUCAUUUUCUGUGGAUAGAUGCUACAAUGGUGCUAUAGAUAAUUCUGAUGCUGGCCCAAACGGUUCUGGUACUAAAGAGGCUGCCUGUGCUGAUGGAGCUGGUGCUUUUCAGUCUUCAGAGGUCCCAUGCUUUAGUGGAGAACAGGAUAUAGUAUCCGUAGAUCCUGAUUUGGACGAAAAUGAAGGUGGUGGUGCAAUGAGCACUGUUAUCCAUUCUUCUGAAAUAUCAUUUCCUGAGGACAGAUGUAACAAUGAUGCUCUACAAAAUUCCGAUGCUGGCCUGAACUGUCCUGCUGCUAAAGAGGUCCCCAUUGCUGAUCCAGCUGGUGCUGGCCAGGCUUCAGAGGUCCCAUGCUUUGGUGGAGAGCAGGAUUUAGUGUCUGUAGAUGAAAAUAAAGGCAGUGAUGUUACGCACACUCUUAUCCAUUCUUCAGAAGUAUCAUUUUCUGCAGAUAGAUGUAACAAUGAUAGUAUAGAAAAUUUUGUUGCUGGCCUGAACUGUCCUGCUGCAAACGCAGUCCCCUGUACUGAUCAAGCUGAUGCUGUAAGAAGUGUUGGUCUAUCUUCAGACGUUCCAUGCUCUGGUAUCGAGCAGGAUUCAGCGUCCAAAAACCCUAAUUUGGAUGAAAAUGAAGUCAGUGGGGGAGCUGUGUGGGAUAUAUUUAGAAGAGAAGAUGUUCCCAAACUUCUAGAAUACCUAAAAAGGCAUCAGAAAGAAUUUUACCACAUCAAUAAUCUUCCCGUGAAAUCUGUCAUCCAUCCAAUUCAUGACCAGACAUUCUAUUUGACUGAAAGCCACAAGAAACAGCUGAAAGAAGAGUUCGAUGUGGAACCUUGGACAUUUGAGCAACACCUGGGUGAGGCUGUUUUCAUACCUGCUGGAUGUCCACAUCAAGUGAGAAAUAAACUAUCUUGCAUCAAAGUGGCGCUCGACUUUGUAUCCCCUGAGAAUAUUCGUGAAUGCAUUAGAUUGACAGAAGAAUUUCGCUUGCUCCCCAAGAACCACAGAUCCAAGGAAGACAAAUUGGAGGUGAAAAAGAUGGCGCUUUAUGCUGCAAGUUCUGCUCUGAGUGAAUAUAAAAAACUGAUGACAGAUUCUGAAUGAGAUCUUCAUGGGAUUAAAAUGGAUAAAGAUUUUAAAAGGCCACACUUGAGCUAUUGCCUGCUCAACCAAUCCAGCAUUUCAUCUCAUUCUUGUACAAUAUGUUCUUUCAUUGAUUUAGAAAUUCUUUGCAUCUAUGUUCUUAGGUGCAAUUGUGUGUACUGCUAGAACUUCUGCGAGACGCUUUAUUGAGUAAUGAUUGCCUUACAAGGUCUGUAAACAUCAUUGAUUCCAUCAAACAAAUUUAUUCCA